AUGGCUGAACUGGCCGCGGUCAGACAUGGCCUGGAGAUGGCCUGGAAUAUGGGUUUUAAGUCCCUACACCUUGAACUGGAUUCAAAAGUGGUUCUAUCCUGGUUAACAAACAAUAAUGUAAAUUACCCGACUAAUAUGAUGCCUUUAAUUGGUGAUUGUAGGAACCUAUUAGACCAGGAGUGGGAGGUGCACGUGUACCGUGAGGCAAAUGGAUGUGUUGAUGAACUAGCGAAGUGGGGGACUCGCCAACAGACUUUGGUGUUUGUGUAUAGUACCUAUCCCAGUUUUGUGGAUGUAUCAUAUGUUAGGGACUUAACUGGCCUCGGGGAAACUAGACUUUGUACCCCAGGUGCAGAUGCUACUGAAAUAUGA